AUGCGUCUCGACUGCGAGAUCGUGCGCACAACAGCUACACGCGCCAUUCUCGCGGCCUGGCCCGAUACCGUUCCCCGACCUGAUGCGCCUCUGCGCCCGUUCCAGGACGCCAUCGACGCCCUCACCCUCGCGCGCGCGUGCGGCAUGCCCGAGGUGCGCCGACCCGCAUUCCACGCGUUCCUCCGCGACCCCGCCUUCUGGACCGCGCUCUCUGCCGACCGGCGCGCGAUCGCGCUCCCAGACGAUGAUCUGCUGCGGCUGCACGAGGCGCGGCACACCCUGCAGAGCAAGUGGCGCGUCCUUGUUCUCAAGAUACCUGGCGAAGGACGGGAGGAGUUGCGCAGCCUUUGCAAGAAAAUCGACACACCGAGGGGCGGUCGUCCGAGAACAUGCCAGGCUGCGGCGAAGGAUGCUCGGGCAUGCUGGCGAUCGCACAUCAUCGACUCGGACAUGUGGGAGAAGGGCGCGAUGCACCCGAUUUGCUGCGCGCUCGAUCAGAAGAACGUGAGGGGUCUGGAGUAA